AUUUGCGGAGCUUAUACCGGUUUCUCGAAGAUCUCCAGCAAUCUGUGGUGAAUAGCCGGAAUGAGUUGCUCAAGGCCAUUUGCUUUUCACGAUCAAGUCGUUUAAAUAGCCAUCAACAUUGCCAAUCACAAAUACAAGCGAACUCUUUCCAACAGUCUGGCAACACCACAGAGCAACCAGCUUUUAUUUAUUGUGGUUUUUGUUUACAAUGGUUCGCAUUAAAAAUCGAUACAUUGCUGUGCAGAUUGUGCCAUAUGCGCCGGUGAAAACACUGCGGCUCAACGACCACACUUUGACCAAAUGCCUGCUGCAAAAUGUAGAGAAAUAUUACGGCGUGUUCGGAUUGGGACUCUUGGAGCACGGUUUCCGUGUGAAGUACUGCAAUGAGCGAACGAAAAUUGCAAUCAUACGCUGCCUGCAUCGCGGACAGCGCUACGUAUCCAGCAUAUUGCCCCUGAUAACGUUGAUUGGCGAUGUGCGCGGCAAGUUUCGCACUCUUUACACGGGCGCAACAAUCAUCCAGUGCAAUAAGUUUAUCAUCAGGCAUCAGCGACAGUUUCUGGAUCGCAUGAUGGGCCAAGUGGCAUCGGCCAAGGAGCGUCAGGAUCUCUUCAAGCGCGUCAUGGAGUUCGACAUGGACAGAUAGAUUAUAAUUUUUGCAAAAGGAUUUACUUUUAUACUUAAGCAUGUAGUAUAUAGUUUUUUUGUACAAUAAAUGUUUGUUUCCAAUUCGA